AUGUACGCUCUCAUCUACCUCCUCGCAGCCGCGCCGGCGUGGGCGAGCGCAGCGGCGUGCGAGCGGUCGACGCUAGUCGAAACCGCCAGCCGCUACAUCGCCGCGCAGAGCGCCGGGCAGAUCCAGUACCUGACCUCACUCGGCGCCAACGCCACGUACACGGAGAACGCGGUCGCCACCAACAUCACAUCGGGCAUCCUCGGCACGCCGCUCAAGAUCGACCACACGCGUAGCAUCUACGACACGGCAGCCUGCGCAGCGUACACAGAACUCAUCGUCACAGACCCAAAACACCCGUACGUGAUCGGCACGCAGCUACGCCUGAGUAACAACAGGAUCGCGCGCGUCGAAUCCGUCGUCACCGACGCCGGCGACUGGCUGUUCAACGCGCAGCACACGCUGCACUACGCACUGCUCGAAGAUUGGUCGCCCAUCGACGCGUCCAAGCGCGACUCGCGCGCCGUGAUCCAGGCCGCCGGCGACGCGUACCUGGACCUGUUCCGCAACGGCACCGGCAGCGUCGCCGUGCCGUGGGCCGACAACUGCCGCCGCCUCGAGGGCGGGCUGUACACGGCGCCCGGCGACACGUGCAACAGCGGCGUGCCCAGCGGCGUCGACCUGGCCGACCGCCGGUAUGUGAUUGAUGAGACCCUGGGUGUGGUUGAUGUGUUUCUGCGCUUUGGCGGCCCCAACGGCCAGCCAGAUAGCCAUGAGUUUCGCGUCGAGGGUGGCAAGAUAAGGUACGUGCAUACGAUUACGGCUUGCGCGCAGGAGAACUGUGGGUUGGGCCUGCCGCCGGCGAUACUCGGCCAGGACGUCGGGUGGUAG